AUGCGCACAACUCUACUAUUAACCUUGCUACUGAUACUCUCCUGCAUCUGUACAUGUGCGGCAGCAGAGAGGAUGCCACUGCCGGUGCCACGUGUGGGUGGAUACGCUACAGAGGCGCAGGGACAAGGGAAGCCGGACAAAAUACGAGGUACGGGCGGUGAUGCACAAGGGGUACCUGAGAAGUGGAAUAACGGUGAAUUCACUACCACCACACCAUCCCUCAGUAUGAGUGAGUCCAUGAGUGCCUCUGCCACUCUUCCUCUCACUGACACCACUACUGUUGCCCCAUCAACACCAGAUGAACAACAGACUGCAGGAACAGGAGAGGAACGGCCCACCCCUGAUGAGUCGACUACGACGAGCACCGCAGCACCGAAGAAGAAGAAGAAGGACGGCGGCCGCGGCCCUGAG